AUGAGUAUUCCAUCACAAUCUCAAACUUCACCAGUUAUUCAUUUUACCAGUACUGUUCGUCAUGGUCCAAGUCCAUCAAAUCCAAUAACUGUCUCUCCUUCUACAUCAUUUGAUUAUGAUAGUCAAAAACAAUAUGCAGCAUUAAUUAGUCGUCCUCAAUCAACACCAAUAUCAUCGCCUAUUUUUAUUCCAAGAUUAUCAAUAAAUAACUUUGAUAAAAAUGAAACAAAUGAAAAUUUAAUAGCAAUAUUAAGAAAUAAUAAAAGACAACGAUUAACAACUUGUGAUUAUUCAUCAUUAACGAAUGUAACACCUUUAAAUGAAAUAAAUAAUAAAAUCGACUCAUCCAUUCUAUUGGAAAUAUCUGAUGAUAGUGAUGAUGAUGGUGAAAUUAAUUAUAAUAAUAAAAAUCGAUAUGUUCUUCGUCCACCACCUCUUAUGGUACUUUCACAAAGUAUUCAAGCUAAACAUCCCGAACAAUUAAUUGAUAGUAAAUUAAAUAAUCGAUUUUCAUCAAUUAAAGAUUUACCAAAUUCACCAGCUAAUUAUUCAUUUGUUUUUCAUGGUUUUACAUCAAUUCAGAUAGAAGAAACAAAACGAUUAACUCGUCGUAUGGGUGAUUGUUUUACAUCGGAAAUUAUUGAUAUAACAACAACACAUGUCAUUAUACCUAAUGAUAAUCCUCAUAUGACAAUAACACUUGAUCUUAUUCUUGCAUUUAUUUAUGGAUGUCGUAUAGUAACAUUUGAAUGGUUAAAAUCAUCAUCACGUAUUGGUGAAUGGUUACGUGUCAAUAAAUUUGAACCAAAAAACUUGUUUAAUAGUAAUUCAUCAUUAAAUAUUUAUCGAAAAUUUCGUCAACAAAAAAAAUCUAUUGAAUUAUUUAAUCAAUGUGGUUUGAUUUAUUUAACAUCUAUUGCUGAACAACGUCAUUUAUUAGUUAAAUUAAUAACAUUAUUAGGAGGAAAUAUUACAGUUAAUCGUGAACGAGCAAAAAUCGUUAUUGGACAAUCAUCAAAAAAACUUUCGAUAAUUAUUUAUCCACAUGUGACUGAACAAUGGGCUAUAGAUUCAAUUAAAGCUGGCAAAUGUCUUUCAACUGAUGAUUAUCAAAUUGAUAAUAAUACUUAA